AUGAAGGUGCCAUUGUGCGAAGAUGUGCCCGACCUAAUGGUGAUCAUCGGAAAAGGGCUUGAAGAAGCCGAAGAGGCCAGGCUUAUACAGUUUCUCCACAACAAUCAAGAUGUGUUUGCUUGGUCCUCUUCGGAUCUGCGAGGGGUCAGUCGAGAGGUCAUCGAGCAUGAGCUCAGGGUGAACCCGAAGGCAAAACCAGUAAAGCAGGGCCAAAGGACAAUGUCCGAAGAAAGGCAGAAAGCGGCUCAGGCCGAGGUACAAAAAUUGCUGGACGCGGGCGUCAUCCGCGAGGUCCAGUACCCGGAGUGGCUAGUAAAUGUUGUCAUGGUACCAAAGAAGAACGAGAAGUGGCAAAUGUGCAUUGACUUCACAAUUUUGAACAAGAUAUUCAUGAACAAGGCAGAUGAAGAGAAGACCAGUUUCACCACCCCCUUCGGGACAUAUUGCUACGUGAGAAUGCCGGAGGGCCUCCGCAAUGCCGGAUGCACUUUUAACAGAAUCAUCAAGAAGUGCCUUCCAUUCUUCAAGGCGCUGAAAGGCUCAGUCAACUUAGAAUGGGGCGAAGAGCAGGCGAAGGCCUUCGAAGUCCUCAAGCAGUACAUUGAGAAAUUGGCAGUCAUGUCCAGCCCUUCGGAGAAGGCGGAGUUGUUGUUAUGCAUCUCCACAUCAGGCGCAGCCGUCAGCACCGCUCUCGUCGAAGAGCGCAUGGUCGAAGGGGCAUUAACCCAGGCGCCCAUAUACUUCGUCUCCGAAGCCUUGAACAGAUCGAAAUUGCUGUACUCAGAGAUGGAGAAAAUGGCAUACGCGGUAGUCAUGGUAGCUCGCAAACUUCGUUACUACUUCCAGAGCCACAAAAUCAAGGUUUCAACCUCUUUCCGACUCCGGGACAUGUUUGAAAACAGAGAAGCCUCCGGCAGGAUAGGCAAAUGGGCUACACAGUUAGCCGAGCACACUAUUGACUUCGUCUCCAGAUCAGCUAUCAAGUCACAGGUCUUGGCAGAUUUCAUCGCAGAUUGGACUCCAGCCACACCUUCGCAAGAACAGCCGAAGAUAGAAGCAAUAUGGCAACUUGAGUGCGAUGGGGCUUAUCAGAGAGACGGAGCAGGAGCUUCGGCUGUAUUGACAACACCCUCGGGCACACAACUGAAGUACGCGGUAAGACUUGAUUUCAAUGGGUGCACAAACAAUGUCGCAGAGUACGAAGGCCUUCUCUUGGGUCUUCGCAAAGCAAGAGCGCUGGGCGCGCGAAGAUUAACGAUCAGGUCUAAUUCAGAGUUGAUCACAGGUCAAAUAAACAAGUCAAACAGGGCUCUCAAGCCAGAUUUGGCGAAGUACCUGGCAGCAGUGCGAAGCAUGGAGAAAUACUUCCUCGGGUUUAGUAUCCACAGUUUCUCCAUAACGAAGAAUAAGCAAGCCGAUCAACUAGCGAAGGCAGCAGCACAGUUCGAUCCAUUACCUCCAGAUGUGUUCUUCGAAACUUUAAAGCAGGCCUCCGUCAAUUGUGCCGAAGAACCAGCCAAAUUCGUCAAUGCCAUAACCAGUGAAGACUGGAGGGCCACCAUAAUGGCCUACCUUCGCGGACACUUCGUCCCGGAGGAUGAGAAGGAAGAAAAGAGGAUGGCGCUCCGGGCCAGGAAUUACAGAAUCAUAGGCGAAGAGUUAUACCGAGGGGGAGUCUGCACACCACUCCUAAAGUGCAUCUCACGAGAAGAAGGCAAACAGCUGCUUGAAGAGAUACAAGCAGGGAUGUGUUCUUCGCACAUCGCAACGAGGGCCCUGGUUGGCAAAGCUUUCCGUGAAGGAUUUCAUUGGCCCUCGGCGGUGGCGGACGCUCACGAUGUGGUUCGCACAUGUCCAAAUUGCCAGAGGCAUGCCCCAUAUAGCAAAUUCCCACCCGACGAGGUGCAGCUACUUCCUCCGGUAUGGCCCCUCGCACGGUGGGGCAUUGAUAUUGUUGGACCAUUGCAUACAGCUCCAGGAAACUACAAGUACGCUGCUGUGGCGAUAGAGUACUUCUCCAAAUGGGUCAAGGCCAAAGCACUCAGGGACAUCACAGCAGGAGCCCUACAAAAAUUGUUUUGGCAAAACAUCGUAUGUCGCUUCGGGGUCCCGAAGGAGGUUACAGUGGACAAUGGCAAGCAGUUUGACUUCGCAACUUUCCGGGAGUUCACCACUCAACUUGGCACCAACUUACGCUUCGCGUCGGUCUACCACCCGCAGUCCAACGGCGCGGUGGAAAGGGCCAACGGUAUCAUCUUCGCAGGCAUCAAGAAAAACAUCACUGAGCUGCUGAAGGGGAAAUGGGCGGAUGAGCUACCGAGGGUCAUAUGGUCUCAUAACAUAACAGAGUCCAGGACCACGAAGUUCACCCCGUUCAAGCUACUAUAUGGCGAAGAAGCCGUAACACCUGAGGAACUCAAACUCAAAUCAUGGAGAACAGCCGAAGGGGCAGAAAACGCCGAAGAGGACAUCAAGCCCUCAAUCGACACAAUUGAAGCUGGCAAGAUUCAAGCAGCAAUCAACUUGGGAAAAUACCAAGAAGAAACGCGAAGGUGGAAGAAUAAGAAAGUGAAGCCCAGAGACAGCAAAGAGGGGGACUUGGUGCUUCGAAGAAUACCGAAGGCCAAGCAAAAGGGCAAGAUGCACAGCAAGUGGGAAGGCUCAUUUAUUGUCGAAUCUAUGGCAAGGCCAGAGGCCUGCAGGCUCCGCACGCUAGAAGGCACCGAAGAUCCUUAUUCAUGGAACAAGGACAUGCUACAGAAGUACUACGUGUAG